AGGGCCGGCGAGUUCAGGUGAGCUGUUGCUCGUCGGGGCGGCCGGCAGCGGCGGCUCCAGGGCCCAGCAUGCGCGGGGGGCCCUGCGGCCACCAUGUACGUGGGCUAUGUGCUGGACAAGGACUCUCCCGUGUACCCUGGCCCCGCCAGGCCCCCGAGUCUCAGCCUGGGCCCUCAAGGCUACGGGCCUCCGCCCCCGCCCCCCGGGCCCCCGCAGUACCCCGACUUCACCAGCUAUUCUCACGUGGAGCCGACCCCCGCGCCCCCUACGGCGUGGAGCGCGCCCUUCUCUGCACCCAAGGACGACUGGGCCGCCGCCUACGGCCCGGGCCCCGCGGCCCCCGCUGCCAGCCCAGUCCCGCUGGCAUUCGGGCCCCCUCAGGACUUUAGCCCGGUGCCCGCGCCCCCUGGACCUGGCCCGGGCCUCCUGGCGCAGCCCCUUGGCGGCCCGGGCGCGCCAUCCUCGCCAGGAGUGCAAAGGCGGACUCCCUACGAGUGGAUGCGGCGGAGCGUGGCGGCCGGAGGCGGCGGUGGCAGCGGGAAGACCCGGACCAAGGACAAGUACCGCGUGGUCUACACAGACCACCAGCGCCUGGAGCUAGAGAAGGAGUUCCACUACAGCCGUUAUAUCACCAUCCGGCGGAAGUCAGAGCUGGCUGCCAAUCUGGGGCUCACUGAACGGCAGGUUAAGAUCUGGUUCCAAAACCGGCGGGCAAAGGAGCGGAAAGUGAACAAGAAGAAGCAGCAGCAGCAGCAGCAGCAGCCCCCGCAGCCACCACCGCCAGCCCACGAAGUCACCCCAGCUCCAGCUGGACCACCCCUGGGGGCUCUAUGCCCCAGCUCUGCCAGCCUCCUGGGCACUGCCUCCCCAGUGCCUGUCAAGGAGGAGUAUCUGCCAUAGCCCCCUGCCCAGCCUUGUGGGCUGGGAACCUGGGACUCAGAUGCUAGGAAUGUGGCUCCUGUUGGGGGCCCAGGAGCCCUGAUCUGAGUCCCAACCCUGACACUGAUCUUCUGGGUAACCUUGGACAAGUCACCCACUCAGCCCCUUGGCCCAUCUGAGCCCAUGGGAUAAGGACCUUUUCUAGCCCUUGUGUUCUAGACCUCAGGGGCAUACGGGAGCCCAGGGUGGGAGGUCUCAAUCCCCAGAGGGCUGGGCAAAGGGGCCAAGAUAAAUCCCCAGGUCCCACCUCCUUCUCCACGUGUUUAAGGAUGGAAGGCUGCUGUAGGGAUUAGACUGACCUGGAGAAAGGAGAUGGAGCUGAGGGAAGAUUGAAUGUUUGCAGACCAUGACCUGUGGGGAGGCAUGUGGUCGGCUCAUACGUGCCUCUUCCUGCAGCCUCACCUCUGCCCACCCCCAUCUCAACAGGCCCUGAAUCCCUCCCUUCCUGGCUGAUGCAGAAUACGAAGCCCAGAGGCCUGGGCCUGAAGGAGAGGCUCUGAUGACCGUCCCCUCUGGGUUAAGAGCCAUAUUCCCUCACUAGCAUUGUCAGUGGGGCCUCCAGAUGGGAGGGAGGCCCCUGGAGGGGGACAGAGGGGCAGAGUCCACGUGCCAAGUUCCAUGCCACCAGACUGUCCCUCAGGGCCCAGGGAGGACUUCCACUGGACCAUGCAGAGUUCACAGCUGGGCAAGUGUUGUACAUAGAGUGGAAUCUCUUGGAUGCAGCUUCAAGAAUAAAUUUUUUUCUCUUUUUAAA